AUGCUAACGCUUUCGUCUCUACUUCGCUAUUCUCAACUAUUAUUAAAGAACAUCGGGAAAAGAGUGCCGCGACGUCGCGGCGUGGAUUCGGCGGCACUAUUCCGGGACCGCAGCGGCGGUGGCGGCGGCGGCGACGACGACGACGAUGACGACGCUGACCUCAAAAUUGCAUAUGUCGGAAUGAGGAAGGAGAUAUUGGAUGAAGUUGUUCGAAGGAUUACGUCCGUUGUUAUGCUUAAAGUCUCUGCUAAAAAGUACUUGACCACUUCACAACUGAAGAACGCAGGAAUCGCCUUUCUACAAAAAAUCGAAAUGUUGCUCUCUGGCUCGGAGAGAGGUGAAGGAGCAGCCGUACCAUGUAAACUCCUUUUUCUACGACACGUUCCUGUGUAUAUCGUGUAUCAUUGUAUUAUCAUCAUACGUUCGGUGUUUCUGCUCGACUACGUGCUACGCGUGAAAAAUUUCACUCCUUACGUGAAUUUUGCCAACAAAUACGGCCUGGAGGUGUCCCCUUUUCAGCUUCGAGUCUAUACAACACGCUACGUUGAUGGUGGCUAUCUUACGGCUCCUAAUGAAGUGGAUGUUAGCCGGAAGUUGAAAUCGUUAUGGUUCUCGUUUGGAGCAUUGACAGCACUUGUAUGCCUCGUCGGCAUCUCCGUCUACUUGUCCCACCUUCUCUAUCGAGAUGUUUCGUAUUUGCUAUCAUUACGACCAAAAGUAGCACCAUAUCGAUCAAUACCUCAUCCAAUCGCAGCACUUAUUCGAACAGAGGCACCAACUCCUGACGACCUUCCUCCACCACCGACGGAAGAGUUUGACGUUCUUGAUGGAUCAGCUGAUUCAGAAACAGGUCUCAUACCGAUCAUCCCUGGAGUGAAUUUGCCGUGGAGUCAUAUACCUGUUUUCAUGGUGGUAUUGGCGGCAGCAGCUAUAAUACAUGAGCUUGGACAUUCCUCCGCAGCAAAGACCUAUAAUGUUCGAGUUAACGGCUUCGGAUUGUUUUUGCUUGGCUUGUAUCCUGGAGCAUUCACGGACAUUGAUCCAGAGUCUUUGAGACGCAGUCAUCCUCGCCACCGUCUUGAGGUGUUCGGAGGAGGUAUCUGGCACAAUAUUGUGUUGGCCGGUGUGGCGUAUUUAAUGUUCCUCUGGACGCCGUACUUUUUGUCUCCGUUCUUCAGUCAAGGCAAUGGAGUUACUGUUACAGGCGUUGAUUCACGUUCCGGCUUGUAUGGUGCUGGUGGGUUGUCAGCGGGGAACGUUGUAGUAUCUAUUGAUGACUGCGCGAUACGAAAACAAGAAGAUUGGAGGGAAUGUGUGCGGCAUCUGGAGAAAGAAAAACAUGGUCAAUGCGUGCCGCGCAGUACUGUUGAGGCAUCGCUAGCGACAAAGACGUCAAUUUCUUUGGAUGAACUGCAUUGCUGCGAUGACUUCACGAAUAUCACGCAUGCUCACAUGUGUUUUGAGACGAUGCUUGAUAUAACCACCAAGCAAUUCGUCACUAAAGCAUACUCACUGAAUAAGGUCCUUCGUGUUGGAUCAGUGGAGCCCGCUCAAGAGGUCAUCCGUGAGAAACGGAAACGUUCCAAACGAUUUAGUUGCCUAUCAGCACAAUAUGUUACCUCACAGCCAAGUUGUAGUAACACUACGAGUUGUGCUAAGAACGCGGAAGGAGACGAGCGAGUAUGUGUUUUUCCCGCCUUGUUCAAUGGAACCCAGUUGGCCAGAAUAACGGUGAAGAAUCACCAACGACCUGUUCUGUAUGUGGGCGAUCUGGAUGAGCUUAUCACUUAUGUUAGGAUCGAUCCACUGGUUGCCAGACUCUCAUGGAUCCCUCACUAUUGGGCUGAGUCGGUGGAAUUGGUACCGAAGUACCUUUUCACCCUCUCAUUGGCACUGGGUUUACUUAAUAGUGUGCCUUGUUAUGCACUUGACGGACAAUAUAUAGUGAUCACGUGUGUAAAUUGGGCUUUUAAGAUGUUUGCAAGACGGCGCCGUCAACAGCUGAUUUCACUGAUUCUCACGUUGGGAACGUUUCUCCUAUGCGCUAAUGUCAUCGUAGGCUUCAUCAAAAUGGCUAUUUAG